CAUGAAGCAAGUCACUGCCGCACUUCUCGCUAUCUUCUUUAUCACCUCGGGAUGGUGCCUGGAAAAGGAGGAAAUUCUGGACGUGAUUGUUGACAAGGAGUCUAACCGUGUGGGACAACAAGCAAUUCAAGUCGGCCAAAUUCUACGUGAAUGUGCCCAGGGCAUUAAAGUUCACGUCGCACAAAACCAAGGACUGGAAAAUGAAACUGCUGAGUAUUUCUUCAAAAGACUGUGGGCUGGUGUGCAGAAAGUUGUCGACAAAGUAGCGAACGUUAUAGGCCGCGCGUCAGAAGGUUUGAACUAUGUCACCAAGGCUGCUGAAGUCAUUACAGCAGUAAUCGGAGAGAAAUUAGGCAGUUAUACCCUUAGUGACGAUCAGGUUUCCUACCCGAAUUUGUUGACUGAGCUCGGCAAGAACCUGGACAGCAUGGGCAAAAGUCUGAUACAAAAAGGCUCAGAGUUGUGCUCCACGUGCAGCCAGAAAAAGCUGGGUGACAUCGAGAAGAAUUUCGUCAAGAAAGUUCUUUCCUCGCUUUAGGAAGUUUAUUUCUUGCACAUAAAUAUAUAAAUACAUAAAUACAUUACUACUAAUUUUAGGAAACAAACAGUCCUGUGUAAAACAUACCGCUCAGAACUUCGUAAAGCACAGCUGCAAUUUCGCAAAGGAAUGUCAAUUAAUUACGCAAAUAAAAGAAAUGAAAUGUGAAGAAA